CUUUGGACGCCGUGGUCGCUGCGCGCACGGCGUCGACGCAUCGUUUGUGCAUCGUCUGGAGACCCUAACACUCCCAGCUUUCAGCGGCAAAAGCAGCGAUUGCAAAGCAUGGCUCUGCUCCGCUGCACCACCCGGCUUGCUCUGCGGACGCCGCGCCGCCAGCUCGCAGCGGUGCCACAGACGGUCUCCGACGACGAAUUCAACAAAAUAAAGGACGAGCUCACGUCCUUCAUGCACGACCGCAUUUACCCGAACGAGCAGCUCUUCCUGAAACAGAGCCACGAGAGCCGCUGGACCAAUGGCAAAGAGUGGACUCAUCCCCCUCUCAUCGUAGAUUUGAUGCAAGAAGCCAAACAGCGAGGCCUCUGGAAUUUAUUUUUACCGGCAGACAGCGCACAACUCGCACCGAAGGGAACGCAUUUGGGGAGAGGCCUGACGAAUCUGCAGUAUGCGGAUCUGUGUGAACUGAUGGGCACGUCGGUCCAUUUCGAGUUUGCCGCCACAGCUUGUAAUUGCGCGUCGCCCGAUACGGGAAAUAUGGAGACCAUCGCAAGGUUCGGUAAUGAGCAACAGAAGGAAAAGUGGCUCUCCCCAUUACUAGAUGGAUCGAUCCGGUCGUGCUUCGCGAUGACGGAGCCCGACGUCGCUAGUUCUGAUGCUACAAAUAUCAGUAUUGAUAUACGAGACGAUGGGGAUGACUUUGUGGUGAACGGGCGGAAGUGGUGGUGCACGGGCGCCGGAAGUUUACAUUGUAAGGUCAUGAUUUUGAUGGGCAAGACCGACCCUGACGCCAAAGCGUUCGCGCAGCAGAGUAUGUUGUUAGUUGACCUUGCCAAUACUGAUGGGAUUGAGUUGGUGCGACCUCUCACAGUAUUUGGGGAUGACGAUGCCCCAAAAGGGCACUUCGAGCUUUCAUUUACUGAUGUACGUAUUCCCAAAUCAAAUGUACUGUGGCAGCGGGGCAAGGGCUUCGAAAUUGCGCAACGUAGACUCGGUCCGGGCCGCAUCCACCACUGCAUGCGCUGCAUCGGGCAGAUGGAGCGUGCUUUAGCGACCAUGGCGCAAAGAGCUAUGAAGAGAGUAGCCUUCGGCAAGCCUUUGGCUGCUCGUGAUUCCGUAUUGGAGGACGUCGCGCGCAUUCGGUGUGAGAUAGAUGGCUGUCGACAUUUGGUGAGAGAAGCUGCAUCACUCAUGGACCGCAAGGGCAACACUGAUUUGGAAACGCGGCAGCGGUUAUCCUUAGUCAAAGCUCUGGUGCCUCAUACCCUACAGUCUAUUGCUGAUAGAGCCAUGCAAUUACAUGGGGGCGCGGGCGUGUCGGGAGAUACACCAUUGACGCACAUCUGGGCGACGGGCCGCGGUCUCCGGUUGGCCGAUGGCCCCGACGCCGUCCACUGGCGCAAGGCCGGCCAGCUCGAGUUCGAGCGGCAGCGGGCAAGCCCGCUCGCGCCCUACGGGUCCUACGCCCCGUCUCGGGACGCGCCUUCCUUCCGGUCGACGACGGACCCGCUCUCGGAGGAGGCCGCGUCGUUCUUGGUCGAGUUCGAGGCGCUGAUGAAGAGCUCGUGAUCUCGGGGAGCUUGUUGCCUACGCGCACGUCGUCGCGGUGUCGCGGCGAUGGCGUAUUCGGUCUAUCGCUGCGUCUGCCCGAUGGCGUGGAGGAGGACGAAGCGCUAGCUUUAUCAUUGUGUAACGACCGUAUAGUUAGCAGGC